GCUCCUUGAAAUUCUAAUGAGAAAUCGAAUUGAAUUUUUGGUCAAAGUCCAUCCUGUAAGCAAAUAAAUGCAUGGUUAAACGCUGAUCUUGUUGUGAAUUUGGUUCAAGAGCUUACCAAGAAAAGUGAUGAGCCCUUCUACCUUUCAAUUUGUUACGGAUGCCAACGGCAAUUAUGUCUUUGGGCAGUCUCCACCAUCUGACGAUUUUGAUCAGACCUUCAAAAAUUUCAACGAUGGGGUUAGUUCCACCAUGAAAUGGGCAACCCUAGCUUCACUUGUUUCAGGUGUGGUGAUGGUUGCUGCAAUUGUAGCCAUAGCAUAUGCCAUAAUUGAUUGCUUGAAAAAGGCAGGGACUGCAAUUCCAGGUUAUGCCAGGAUAGCCACAAAAGACACAGAUAAAGCUUCAAAUUCACAUCUAUCAUCCAUUGAUAUUGAAAAAGCAGAAACACCCCCUCUCCCAGUACUUCGGGACUCACAAGUUGAGCAUGCAACGAUGGAGAGAUUCCUCAGCAACAUGGCAAGAGAGAAGCCCAUCAGGUUCUCACCCCAGCAACUUGCAGGAUUCACAGAAAAUUACUCCACCAUAUUGGGUUCAGGUGGUUUUGGUGUAGUCUUCAAAGGCCAAUUCCCAAAUGGAGCACAAGUGGCUGUCAAAGUGCUUAAUGGUGAGUUGAAUAAGCAGGUUGAAGAGCAGUUCAUGGCAGAAGUUAGCACCAUGGGAAGAACUUACCAUGUCAACUUGGUUAGACUCUAUGGCUUCUGCUUCGACCCCACAAUAAGAGCACUUGUUUACGAGUGCAUGGACAAUGGAUCCCUAGACAAGUUCCUUUUCAGCACUAAUCAAGAGAUGGAGUGGGAGAAGCUUCAUGACAUUGCAAUUGGAACGGCAAAAGGAAUAGCUUAUCUGCAUGAGGAAUGCCAAGAAAGAAUCAUUCACUACGAUAUAAAGCCAGCAAAUGUACUUCUUGACAAAAAUUGGAAUCCGAAAGUUGCGGAUUUUGGUCUAGCAAAGCUUUGCAAUAGAGGAAACAGUAACUUACUACUAACAAAAGGCAGAGGGACACCGGGAUAUGCUGCCCCGGAGCUAUGGAAGCCUUAUCCUGUGACUCACAAGUGCGAUGUUUACAGCUUUGGAAUGCUGCUCUUCGAAAUUGUCGGGAGGAGAAGAAAUUUUGAUGAUAAUCAGAACGAGUCACGACAAUGGCUUCCAAGAUGGACGUGGGACAUGUUUGCGAAUAAUGAAUUAGCCGUUAUGGUGUCGCUAUGCGGGAUUGAAGAGAAGAACCGAGAGAAGGCAGAGAGGAUGGCAAUGGUGGCUCUGUGGUGCGUUCAAUAUUCAGCAGAUGACAGACCUCUCAUGAGCACUGUGGUGAAGAUGUUGGAGAGAAGCAUGGAUAUUACUCCACCGCCUUUUCCUUUUGAACAACUUGUAUCUCCUGGACCAACUAUGAACCUGCAUAACGGAACUCAUGAGGAUUCCGAUACUUCAUCAUCAUGGACAAACACUCUUGAGAAAUCAAAUGUCAAAUCUAUGCAUAACGCCUUAGAGAUUGAACUGGCUUCUUAGAUCUUUAGACUCCAAAUUCAUUGAUUGUUGUAUAUCUAUCUAUCUAUCUAUCUGUAUGCGGACACCUAACAUUCUUCAUUAUUGUUUACACGCAUUGAUGUACUGUGUAAUGUUUCUCGGGUUAAUUUGUGAUUGAUACGGUGAGUAAUGUUGUGGAGAGGCGUGGUGGUAGUAGAGG